UGCUAUUGAAGUCAAUGUUGUUGCCAUUUUUCUUAACCUCUGCUGUGAUCUUUGGAAAGCCUGCAUUGAAAUGUGUUUAGCCUUUCAAGCCUGGGGGGGGUUUGAGAUCGAUUUGACCUGCCAUUGUUACAACAGAGGUUAAAAGGUCAGGUCACAGCCCUUGAAUUUCCAUUAAAAGUCCACUUCAGUCAAGUCAUUUCAGUGACUGAUGCCUUCCAGUACUGGCCAAGGCAAGAAGAUAUUUUAGUAAAGUUCAGUUUUAGCUCCUGAUCAGAUUGUCCAUUGAAGCCGGGCUCUCCUAAGUAGCGAUGUUUACAAUAUAACCCAAAAAUAACAAUAAAAACAAUUGCACUCCUUGUAUCACCCUAAACAAAUACACGAGCCUCAUACUAUCAUAGUUGUCCACCAUUGUAACACAAGAUCGGAUUAGCCGACUCUGCUCCCCGGCUGCAACAGAUAAUACAAUUACUCGGACCCCUGAGGAAGCUGUUUUCUCCAGUCGCCACCCCCUCUUCUUUCAGGCAUAAUGGUAUCGUCCCCAGUGCACGCCUGAUAGUACCGUGCAAUCUGUAGACUCCUGACAACACAGAUUCAUCUUCACUUAAAGGCUUUAACAGUCUGCUUUAUUUGUAUGAGGAAAAGGAAAACGGGGAGAGGAAUCUUAUCUGUCAGUGUGGCAAGCGUCCAGAGACGAGGCGCGUUUUUAUUUAUUUAUUUAUUUAUUUUCCCCUCUCCCUGUUGUGGUGUCUUUCUCCUUUCUUUAUUUUUAGUGUCAGCCUGUCUAGAAGAUGCUUGGCACAAAGGCUGCUUGGUAACUGGAGUUUUAUUCUUAACUGUUUUUUUUUUUUUAUGGUUCUGUUUGUGUGGUACUGCGAGUUGCGAUGUCCUCAUCGGGAUCAACUGACAGCAGCAAAAGGAACUCUUCUGAACUGGAUGCCGAGUACGCCCAGAAGGUCCUGGACAUGGAGCAGGCACAACAAGUGAAGCUCAAGGAAAGACAGAAGUUUUUUGAAGAAGCUUUCCAGCAGGACAUGGAGCAGUACUUGUCAUCUGGCUACCUGCAGAUAGCAGAAAGACGAGAGCCCAUAGGCAGCAUGUCCUCCAUGGAAGUCAACGUCGACAUGUUGGAGCAAAUGGACUUGAUGGACGUAUCUGACCAGGAAGCGCUUGAUGUCUUUCUAAACUCUGCUGGGGAAGAUAACAGUGUGGCUUCACCAAUGCUCGGCCCAGACGGUGCGUCGCACCCCACCGAGAUUACCCUGCAGGUGCCGAGUCAGGCCGAGCUGCGACACAAACUCUCCUCGUUGUCAUCGACGUGCACCGACUCAGCCAGUCAGGACGCCAGUGAGGAGGGCGGCGACUCGCCGGUGGUUCAGUCGGACGAAGAGGAAGUGCAGGUGGACGCCUUGCUAGCCAUGCCGGAGAGCGCCUUCCUCAAGGAGAACUCGGACGACAGCGACUCGCAGGCCGCGUAACCGGUCUUCAUUUGUCACAUUCUAGUUAACAGCAGUGCGAGGAACUUUAUCUAAAAGAUUAAAAAAAAAUAAUAAUAAUAAUGACGAUGAUGAUGAUAAUCUGAAGAAUGCAUUUCUCCAGUGAUCUUCCAGUAGGAGGCGCUGCUUACAGUGGCCAGCACUUAACUCAGUCGCUCCUCGUCUAAUUUCACACCAUCUCUGAUCAUCCAGCAGUGGACCUUUACCAUAACACAAGAUAUCGGGGGGGCCUCAGGCCGACCACUUGGGACCACCACGGCAGCAGCAGUGGAGUGCAUUUGUCUUCUCCCAGCUCUUGUGAUUUCCCCCGAAUCCGGGGAGACACUAUCAACCAUGUUCGAUUCAAUGAUUGGCUUUAAAAAAAAAUAAAAAGGAAGACAAUGGCAGGGGGGAUCUGCUUUAGUUGUACAGUAGGAGUGGGUUGGGGGCUUCAAAGACAAUCAGAAGGCCAGAUGUGUCUGAGGGAGCAGGAAGGCGGACGACUCAACAUUCUCAGUCCAGGACGGCCCGUAAGAGGAGCGCUUCAGAGGACCUGGUGUGUCACAAAUUAAACGUAAAGUGACACCCCAGUCUAAGAUUAUCGACCUCCAAACGGCUGUGUUGUGCUUACGGCAGAGUGCAGGCCUGUGAAAAAGUAUUUGCCCCCAUCCUGAUGUCCUCGGCACAUUUUACACAAUGAGGGGUCUCAGACCUCCAGCCUUAGAGAAAGGGAGUGCGAUGGCCGCCACCAUGCGGACUUCCUGUAGCCAACCAACGCCUGCAUCGCUGAUGUGAAAAAGUGACUGCCCCCUGCAGGAAUCGCAGUGAAAUGCUUCCUCUCAUUUAAUCUUGGCCUCCACUGUUAUCCGCGCCUGCUCUUCAUUUUAACUCACACACAGGGGUCCGGUUGAGAGCGGCAGCUGCUCAUCUCUGUUGGGUUCAAAUCAGGGCUUCGACUGGACCACCUGAGACUUUCUGAGCCAUUCCGGUAGAGAGAUGCUUGUGUGGUCCUCCCGCAUUACGGAUCUGCUGCUCCGGUGCCCAACUCCUCGUCCUUCGUGUAAGUGCCAGUCUUCCAAAGCACUGCAACCCCGGGGUCUU